CUAUUUUCAGAUGUAAACCUUACAUUUGAGCAGCCGGUGGGCAGCGAGACCCGCUCUGAAACAUGCGGUACCACAACGCCCCAUCAGGAUGGACAUUUCUUCCUUUUUCAUCCAGCCUGCCAGCCUCCGGAGCGCAGCGGUGCAGCAGGGGUCCAGGCUGCCCGCCGGAUCCGCUCUCGGCUCCGCCCGCUUCCUGUCUCCGUCCGCAGACGCGUUUUAGCGCAUUAAACCCGGCGGCACAAACAGGAGGAGUGGAAGCAGUGGGAGGGCUCUCUGCUGUGUUGUUGUGAUUUUUUUCUCCCCUAUCCUCUCCUUGUGGGUGGAAAACACUGGUGAGGAGCCACGCCGCCCACUAAACAAGCCCAGACGCGCACCAACUGUUUCCCAACCCGGAGCGGAGCCCCGACACACGGCCGGCUGGACGGACCAGAGGACGGUGUGCGGCGCUUCCUGGUGGAUCAGACGCGUUACAGCUGCUGCUCGGUCACUCUUCGUCCUCUAGCUACAAAAGCAGAAGCUUUCACACAAACUGCUUGAAAGACUGGAAAACUUUCCCUCAGACAUGGAACAUUUCGCCAACUGAAGGGUUUUGACGACAGUGAAGUUGAGGACAGUGUUGGAUUGCAAAACAUCACAACCUGCUCUGCAUUGAGACUAACCAAGCUACUGGCUGCUGGUUGCACCUUUCCAACAUGGAGACUCUUUCCCAGGACUCCAUUCUGGAAUGCCAGAUCUGCUUUAACUACUACAGCCCCCGGCGGCGGCCCAAACUCCUGGACUGCAGGCACACCUGCUGCUCCGUGUGCCUGACCCAGAUGCGCAGCACCCAGAAGGAGAUCCGCUGCCCUUGGUGCCGCGGCGUCACCAAGCUUCCCCCCGGCCUGUCCGUCUCCCAGCUGCCAGACGACCCGGACAUCAUCACUGUCAUCGCUAUACCUCACGCCUCGGAGCAUACGCCCGUCUUCAUCCGCCUCCCUAGCAAUGGUUGCUACAUGUUGCCGUUGCCGGUCACCAAGGAGCGGGCGCUCGGCCUGCCGGGAGACCUGGGUUGCCGCUUUCUUCCUGGCGGCCAGCAGAAGGGCGUGACGGUGGUGACCGUGGCCGAACAGCAACCUCUGGGCCUGGCGAUGGGUCUGGAGAGCGUCGGGCUGGACGGCAGCGAAGGUGAGAGGAGAGUUCCCGGCCCUGUUGGAGGAGGAAAGGGUUCCACAUGGUCCGGCGUUUGCACGGUUAUUUUGGUGGCGUGUGUGCUGCUGUUCCUGUUGGGAAUCGUGCUGCACAACAUGUCCUGCAUCUCCAAACGCUUCACUGUCAUCUCCUGCGGCUGAGGGAGGUCGAUUUGACCUCCUGCGGACCUCCGCCCCUUCCUCAGUGGCUCAAACUCUUCUGAGGAGUGGAGACAUUGCUUAACAUCACAGGAAAACCCGGCAACGACGGAACAAAGGGAAGUAGUACUGAUGAGGGAACAAUGAAAAGGAGAUUUACAAACUGUCUGUCAGAAUUGUUUUUUGUUUUCAAUUAUGAAAACUGAAAAUGGAUAUUUUCCACCAGCUGUGUGUUGGUUCUAAAAACUGCUACAUCUUUGUGUUUUCUUCAAGAACGUUCUGAAAGUCACCGUGGAUCUGUUUUUUAGACAGCUGAUUGUGUUUUCCUAGAGUGACGUAGACAUCCAUUACACUCGAAGUGACUGGAACGCCUGUUUGCUCUGUGGUUUGUAAAAGUUCAUCAGUUAUCUGUGUUUUUAUUAGCCAUAUUGAGGCUUUGAGCGCUGUGUCUUAAAGGUGACCUAUAAUGCUUGCUUGAACAGGUUAGGAUAGGUCUAUGGUUUGUACAAAAUAUGUUUGUUACUUUUGUUUGCACAAAGUCAUUCUUAGAUGAUGAGAUUUUAGUCUAUUUUGAGCUCCUUUCAUAAUGAGCUGUUUUAGGGCAUCUUGUCACUUUAAAUCCAAAUAAGCUCCUGCUGGCCACGCCCCCCAACUCAACAUUUACACUCACACAAGAAAAUGGCUGCAAACAGAUGCGCAAUUAUACAACCAUACAUAUUUGAAAAGCAAAAGUGGAGCCUCCUGCACAACCAAUAAUAAUGCAGCAAGUGGUUUCUGGUUGGCAAGUCAACAACUACACAUUGUCUUUUCCAGCAGCCAUUGUACUGAUACAGUGAUAAAACCAGCUGCCCAAACAUCCUGGAGCCCAGCUUGGUUUGUGACGUUAAACAUUUCAAAAUGGUUAAUUUUCCAAACACCAAAAAACAUCAACUUGGGAUUUUUUAAGCACUUGUGCUGUUUUAGAAGCAAUUGAGACCCACAUAAAAGAGAAAAACAUGCAAAAUGGAAAUUUUGCAUAAUAGAAAAGAUCCUUUAAAAUCCAGAACCUGGACUGUUCUCUGAUUCGGUGGGAAUCAACAUCCACACCUUCCCAUUUGAUUUUCUUUUUUUUCCUGUUAAAGACCCUGUAUAGGCUGAAUUGUUGAGCAGUAUAUUGUACAGCUGAACUAUACACAGCUAGCUCUGAGAUGCUUUAGGAUUGUAAAAGUGUGAAUUUUUGUUUAAAUCAGCCAAUAGAAGUUUUUUAUUGCUUUACUUAUAUUUUAAUUAAAAACAUUUGUUUGUUCAAGCCUCA